AUGACGAAGCUGACCUACGCGUAUUUAGACAAUGGAAAACUUGAAGAUUUCGACAAAAUCUCUGAUGAGAUGGAGAAGAUUGCGCAAGAGUAUGACGACAUAAGCAAGAAACUCGAGGAGUUUUAUGUAUCAACGAAGAAAAAGCGUGUUGAGGAAACGCCAGUAGUAACCAGCAGUCCAAGAAGGCCGCCCCCUAGUGUUACCACUGCCAGUGGUACCAGUGACACUAUCACCAGUCGUGGUACUACCACUACUAGCAGCAGUAGUACCAGCCCAAGCUCAAGACCAGUUGCUGCAGCGGUCACGACCAGCAGUUCCCGUAGAGUCUCAUCCGGAAGUUCCAGUUCUCAGGCCGUUGAGUUUGAUCCUACAAGGCAUUUAACCCGCGUUACUAUCCCCAAGUUUAGUGGUGAUAAGAGAAACUACUCAGCAUGGAAGGCUGCCUUCACUAGUUGCGUCGAUGGAACCACUAUCACUGCAGAGUACAAGCUGUUGAGACUUAGAGAAUGCCUUACUGGUGAAGCUCUGAAAGUUGUUGAUGGGUUGGGGUAUUCAGCGUCUGCAUAUGAAGUUGCUAAGGAUCGCCUGGAGAGAAAAUACGGAGGCCAGAGGAGGCAGCUUAUCCUGAGACUGGAUGAGUUAGAGAAGUUCAAGCAAGUCCGUGAUGGGAAUGCAAAGGAUUUAGAGAAAUUGGCAGAACUAUUAGAUGUCAUCACAGUUAAUUUGAAGGAUGCGCACCAGGAAUCUGAAUUGGGCAGUGGCAGUUUGUUUCUGUCAAUACAGCGGAAACUGAGUGAGCUUCUCCUUGCACGCUACCACAGAUGGGCCUAUGAUAAAGCAAAAGAGAAAACUGUGAUGUCCCUUCGAGAAUUUGUAAAUGAAGAAACAGAGUUUCAAGUCAACGCUAUGGAAGCCAUCAAUGGUGUGAGGGAUUUUCCCAAGAAAGACCCAAGAAAAGAUAGGAGCUUUGUCACGUCACAAAGUAGCACAGACCGUCAAUCACAGUCACACUCCGGAGCCAUGGGAAAAUACACCAGAUCAUGCAAUGUAUGCGGUUCAGAGCAUGGAGCAUGGGAAUGUGACAGCUUCAAGGCGAUGUCAGUGGACCUGCGGUGGAAAACAGCCAAAGAAAAGAAACUUUGCUACAGAUGUCUUAGCGGUAAUGGUCACAGAGCAGAAAAGUGCCCAAGGACACGUCAAUGCAAGAUAGAUGGCUGCAAACAGACACACCACCGGUUGCUGCAUGGAAAAGCGAAGAGAGCUGAGAGUCGUCGACCCAUGGAAGGGAGUGGUAACUACCAAGACUCAGAUGAGAGCACAAUGGCAACAGUGACACUGGCUGCAAAGAACUCGAGUGAAAUCGCGCUGAGAACCGUUCCAGUCAUAAUAAAGCAUGGUGGAAAAAGAAUAAAGACUAACGCCUUGCUAGAUGAUGCGAGUACAUCGACCUACAUAGAUGCAAAUUCAGCUGCAGAACUCGGAGUACAAGGGAAAAUUGAACAAACCACAGUUAACGUCCUAAAUGGAAAGCUGAAGACAUUCACCACCAUGCCAGUUGAAGUGGGAAUAGAAAGUUUGAAUCGACGAGUAGAUAUGAAGAUUUGGGCAAAGACAGUGGAUAAAGUCACGGGUGAUUUAAAAGCAACAGAUUGGUCUUUGAAGCAGGAUCAAUAUAGCCAUUUGAAAGAUAUCCAGUUUCCAAAGAUUGGUAAGAGAACCUCAGUGGAUCUCCUGAUAGGUGCAGAUUACAGUGAGCUACAUCAAAGCAUUCGAGACGUCAUUGGUCGACCUGGUGAACCAACAGCGAGAGAGACAAGACUGGGAUGGACGUGUAUCGGUCCGGUAGGGACUCCCUCGGGCCAAAAGAGGGAGGCAACCAACAUGGCUUACAGCUUCUUCACCAAGGAGUCGCCAUUGCUGCAUGAAAUCAAUGAUAACCUGAGAGCAUUUUGGGAGAUAGAGAGCAUCAGCAAAGUGAAUGAAGGACAAACCCCCUUGAAUGAGAGUGAUCGGAAAGUGCUGCAGAAUGCCAGAUCGUCAGUCAAGAUAGUAGAGGACAGAUAUCAAGUGGCCGUACCAUGGAAGGGAAACCACCACCCAGCAAUGCCAGAUAGCCGGGAGAUGGCUGAGAAACGGCUGAUAUCAACAGAGACCAAACUGCAGAAAAAUCCAGAGCUUGGAAAAAGUUACUCCCGAGUCAUUCAGCAAUACCAAGAAAAGGGUUACAUUAAGAAGAUCAAGGAUGAUGAGAGAAAUAGUCAUCAGUGGUACCUACCACACUUCCCUGUGGUCCGUCCUGACAAGAGCACAACAAAAACAAGGAUAGUUUUCGAUGCCUCGGCGAAAGUUGACGGAGUCAGUUUGAAUGACAAUAUAAAUACAGGACCGAAGAUCCAAAACGAGCUGUUCGAGGUAUUACUGCGCUUUAGGAGGUACCCAGUUGCUAUUGUUUGCGACAUAGCGGAGAUGUACCUGCAGAUAGCCUUAGAAGAAGAAGAUAAAAGGUAUCACCGAUUUCUGUGGCGGGACCUAGAAGACAGGACAAGAGAUCCAGAGACGUUUGAGUUCCAGCGACUUGUUUUUGGAAUCAACAGCUCACCGUUUUUGGCACAGUUGGUUUCUCAAGAGCAUGCAAGAGCCCACCAGACACAGUGCCCUAGAGCAGCAGAGGCAAUUUUGAAGUCAACUUACAUGGACGACACUCUUGACUCAGUGAACGAUGAUGAACAGGGAAAAAAGCUGUACAGAGAGUUAUCAGCAUUGUGGAAAGGAGCUGGGAUGCAUGCCAGAAAAUGGUUGUCCAACUCACCCGAAGUUUUAGCCAUCAUACCAGAUGAAGAUAGAGCUUCAGAGAUUAAUUUGGAGGAGGGAUAUUUGCCAUCAGUAAAGGCCCUUGGAGUGCUGUGGAAGGCGGAAGAAGACGCGUUCUGUUAUCGGCUGACACCCCCUGCUGCUGAUCUCAAGCUUACGAAGAGGAGCCUACUGCGAAGAAUAGCAACCAUUUUUGAUCCCCUUGGGUUGAUGGCGCCAUAUGUUAUACAAGGAAAAAUCAUCAUGCAGGAUGUAUGGAUGUGUGGCGUGGAAUGGGAUGAAGAAUUGCCAGAGGAGAUUGAAAAGAAAGCUUGGGAUUGGAUAGUUGAAAUCACAGGGUUGGCCCAAGCCAGGAUCCCUAGAUGCCUACAACUUGCUGAGGAGAUGACAAGUUUCCAACUUCACACCUUUGGUGAUGCCUCAAAAGAUGCAUAUGGUGUAGGGGCCACUAGCCCUUUAACAAAGUCGAGCCUCGUUUGGGUCUUACGUCAAAUUAGCUUUUUCGAGGAGAAUAUUUUCGAUUCUCGCUGUAAGAUUGUGGUUGUUUACCCAUGUAGUUUAGGGCCAUUGGGAUAA